UACAAGCAUUACAACGAAUAACAAAAAGUCAUUCAUUCGUCUCAAAAAGCGAGCUGGAAAAAGAGUGGAAAUGAGUGAUCGGAAACUAAAAUCUCCACGCAAACGUCGUUCACGUGGACGACAGCGGAAACGCCACUCAAUACCAUCGAAAGCUGCCAGGCUGGCGCAACCCGUUGCAAUACCAACAGCUGCACAGGAGCCAGAACCAGCUACGGUAGGAAAACCUAAACCCAAGUUAAAUCCCGACUUCAUCCGAGAGGAACAGGAAAUAAAAGAUUCACUGGAACGACUGAAAAUCGAUGCAGAUGCCACUAAAGUAGAUGACUACGACCGGGAGAUUCUAUUUUUCAUUGAUUCCAUCCAGGAAGUGUUCUACGAUGCACAGGAAAGAUUUUUCCACGGAGCUUUAGGCACAGAGCACGAGUCCGUCACGCAUGAGAAAUCACCCUCGAUCCAAUCGGCAUCUAAUGAACACGAAUCACCUGCACAUCUGGCGUCUUCCUACAUUCAAACCGACGAAGAUCCUGUGCUCGAACGCUAUCGGUUGAAAAAGUUAACAUUUGAUGACGACACACUGUUGUUCGUGCCAGCCAAAACUAUAUCCAAUGUACGAGGGAUCCUCGAACAAGUAACGACCAGUUCCGAUGGCAAUGGAAGCGAGAAUCCCAUCCCAGCCCCACCGAAGCCAGUCCUUGACAAAGCGAAUGAAGCGCGCUUGAUAAAUCGAUUUAUUGAGGAAGAACAGGAAGAAUGGUUCGAUGCCAGUGGAGAUUUGGUUCAAUUGCAAACCUUUGUGACGGAAAAACGAGUCAAAGGCAUUUGUGGAAAGAAAUUCAAUCCAUACUACGUGGAACCGAUUCCGAUGUGGCUAGCGAGAGAACAGCUGCCCGUGGAAAGAACCGUAAAGGUGCUGAUUGGGAAACUUCAAUUCGAGGAUCAUCCCUCGUUUGGGGAAAUUGUGAAAAUGAGGCUGAAAUUGGAGCAAGCCUACAAACAGUAUUACAAGAUCAGAAAACUACAAAUGGCCAGCACUUUACAGGGGGAAUUGGACAAAAUAAGAUGCAAGGCAGACAAUGGUGGUGAGAGAGGACUGUCAUUUCUAAUUCAGCGGAGAGACCUGCGUAAACUGUUUUACAAAGAAGCGAAAGCUGAGCGACAGCUUGAAAAGCAGAUUGUGGAAAUUUGGAAGGAACUUAAGGACAAAAAAUCCGACCACGGUUACACAAUGACCAUUACCAGCGAGGAGGUUAAUCAGGACGAUGAUAACACACAGUGGAAUGAGCGGUUUAUCGCAGAGCUCGAAGAAACGCUAGAGGAAGAACAGCAGCUUUAUGUCAAAGACAAACAGGACUACAAAACGUACCUACGCGAACUGGAGCAAAACCUCGACGAAGGUGAAGUAAUAGCUGUAAACAAGCCGAAAAAACCCGAUUUGAAUCGCAUCAAGCAUGAGUUUAAAAAGUCGUUCAUCGAAUCGUUUCGCACUCCUGGCGAACCUAAAGUUGAUUUGGUACUUCAAAAGGAUUCCGAAAGCCACAAUGAAAUACAUCUAAACAAGGAAGUACGGUUUAAGGUUAAAUUCUACAUUGAUGAUAAUCAUGUCGCAUCCACUAAAGCUCACCACUUUCAAAGUGGAUUUUUAGUGGACUUCAAUACCUCUUUUUCGGUCAAGUUGACCACCAAAGUUCCAGAAAAAAUGAAAAUAGAAUUGUACGAAAAAAAUCGCCUGAAUAUCAAAACCAAACUGAUGGACGCUUCCAUACCGCUACCAAACUCUAACCAACUAUUUGAAUAUGAAGAUUACGUACCGUAUGAAUUUUCCUCAAGAAAGCCAAGUAGAUUGAACGAAUACCGGAGCGGUAAAAUUGAAUUGAAAGUAGGGUGGUUAGAACGACUAGAAUCCAGUGCUUCAAGUCCUUCGAGAAGAAAAAAUAUUCCAAAGCGGGCUCAUCUUUCCAAAGAGCUGAUCGACAAAUGGUUCGACGAACAGGCCCUUAAUCCGAAGGAUUCCGACGCAGAAGAACUAGUGAAAGCAUUGGAAAAACGAAAGGUCGGUAAUAAUUUGGAUGAUGAGAAAGAAGACCUCCCGGAAAAAGACGAUCAUUUCAUGUUCAACGAAGAUCUUUUGGCAUUUUGUUCGGAGGAAGAAAUCAACGGCAAUGAACGAUUGAACAUGUUGUGCCAAAGAUUUCAUAACAAUCUGAAAUAUAAAAAUAUCAAGUUCAUACCACAAAUCGAGCGGGAGGUUGAAGUUCCCGACGAAAUAAAGAUAAUUGAUGAAGUCUUGGGCACGGACCCUAUCGAUCUGCAGAGGCAUCGAGGGAAAAAGUACCUCAAGAAGGUCUACGAUACGAUCACUAACCAUUGCAACGUACUUAAUCAGGAUAAAAUUGACGAUAACCUACUGAUUGGUGAUCAGAUUCCGACCUUUGGUUCACUGAGUUUAGCGUUCUUUGAAAUUUUUGGUCCCAGGAGACCGUUGAAGCCCUCAAGACGUUCACCCAUGAGCAGAGCUUCGAUCCGAAUAUCCGAUGUGAAUCAGUUCAAAAUUGUGGUCACCGUUGUACGGGCAUUCGGAAUUCCAAUGAGAUCAGAUGAUCAUCAUGUUUCUUCAGCUGGACGAAGAAAUAGUAACCUCUCGUCGAACAAGUUUUCAAUCCGAACGUCGAACGUGCGACCAUACAUCACGAUUUCAAUCAAGGAUAAAAUUCUGCGCACUUCAACUGCGGACGGAACGAAUCCCACGUGGAACGAGCAACUGUCAAUUCCGUUGGAUGCUACCAGCGAGCAGAUUCGAAGGUUUUUGAACAUCGAUCUGUACGACGAGUUUAUGGAAGAUUUGCUCGAAGAUGAUCGUGCAAGACCAACGGAGGUUUAUCAGAGAAUCUCCAGUAAAUGGCUCGGGCAGCUCAGGAUUCCGAUCAGUACGAUCUAUCUGAACCAGAGGAUUGAGGGAACGUUCGAAAUCAAAACCCCACUGCUUCUGUUCGGAUACACGCGCAGCAACGACGAAUCACCUGAAUACACCUCGAUGCUAACCGGAUCUAAUCUGCCGGAUAUGCGAGAGUUAGCUCACAUCUCCUUGUUUAUAAGUCUGGAACCGAAUGUGGAGAUUUCCAAGUUUGAAACCAACGGACUGGAGUGUGUGGAGCUGCAGCAGACUAUGGCACGUGUUUACCAUUGGUUCGAGGAGUACCGCAGUGAGUUUCCAACGAGGGCGAUGCUACCGCUAGCAACGUUGCUUAGUGGCAAAAGGGUCUGCGUUACAAGACUGCUUGGUCCAAUCAACGUUCCCUUUGUGAUCGAUGAAAACGUGGAGCGAAUGAUAAGGCGAUAUGUUUCCCUAAUUCCUGUUCAUUACAACACGGACGCAUGUUCGCAACUUGGCGGAAUUUGGGCAACUAACCGAGAAAUCAUGAAUAUGAUGUGCGCUUCACCGAAGGAUUUAGGUGUUUUAUUGUCUUGUUUUUACAUUUUUUUGGAGUACGAUGUAUAUCUUAUCUUAGGACACAGUCUUCUAACAGGCGAUAGUACUUUUGUCCUUAUACGUGAGAACAACGAUUUCUACAUUGUCGAUCCUACCAGCGGUAAAAAAUACUCCAGUUCCGACACGUACUGUCCUUUGAGUAGAAUUUACUACAUUGUCAAUCAGGACAACGUGUGGGGAAAUAUUCAGAAAGAGAACCGAGUAUUCCUGACGCAGCUAGAUGUGAACAAAUCAGCCUACUGGAGACCGCUAUUCAACCGAUCUCAUGAAGCUCCCACCGGUUGUAUUCACGAUGGAAUUUACGUGUACAAAAAUGCACUAAAUGUACGCGAUUUGCAAAAAACCAUUGAAAAAAAGAUUGUUAAGAAGAUCGCAAUUUGGAGAACGCACCGUAAAACCAUCUGGAACCGCUAUAUUAGUGACCAACUUGCAUACGCCCUUCCCAGCUUUGAGUCGGACACUUGUCUGGAAACAAAUGCGAAUCACAAUCUGGAACUAUUCAGUCAGCUGUUUUCAUCCUACAAAAUCAACGGAUUUCCGAUUAAUUUGCCGUACACAAACCUUUCCUCAAUAGUGGCCCAAAUCAAAAGCACAGGCAUUCAUCUUAAUUCCGAAAACAAGGUGGAAUUUGCGCUAGGAGUCUACAUAAAAGAUUACCCUAACAAUAUCUACUCGGUAUGGAUAUUUUUAAUCUCACUGUCGAUUAAGAUUUGAAAACAAAAAAUAUCUUUAGCCAUUAAUUGAA